CGCAUUGCUCAGCGCUCAGGUUGAGGGACUGGUUAUGUACAGUGUAAAGCCACACCUUCAGCCAUCCUGCUCAGGUGUUGCCAGCAGGUGAAACUCAGUCAGGGAAAGCUUGGGAAACUUAGUCACAUUCCAGCGACGGACACUGACACACUAAGCUACCAGCAUAAACCAUGCCUUCCACCGUCACCAGGAAAUCAUAUCCUCCUGAGACAGCAGACAAGAGCAAGUCGAGUGUGAUAGACGACAGCAAAAAGAAGACGUCCCUGCUGAAGGACAACAGCUGGAUCAAGAAAGACGUGACUGAUGAUAAAGUGGUGGACCAACAUUCAAACUAUGGAAGAAGUGUCCUGGGCCGGUUUAAAUCCUCUGAAAAUCUUACCAGCUCUUCAGAGAAAAAGACCACCACCACCGUCACCAAAACCUCCACAGUCACUGACUCUGGUUCAGUCCCCUCAAGAAAAUCUGUUCAGUCCCUGACUAAAAGAUUCAGUUUUAGUCAGGAUGAGCUGGAUUCAAGCAGCACUACCACAUCUUUCAAAGAUGGCACGAAGACAACUGUGACCACAAGCAGGACAUCUGUGAAGUCACCAACCAAAGCCAAAACAUUCAGUGAAAAGAUCUUCACAGACUCCAAGACAACCACUAGUGAAGAAAUAAAAACGGUCAAAUCAGUGCCACCAAGCUCACCCACCAAGACUACCAGGAAAGAGUUUGUCACAGUGACCACAUCUAAGGAUAACGUCGUGCAAGAAGACAUCAAAACAAUCAAAUCAGUGCCACCAAGCUCACCCACCAAGACUACCAGGAAAGAGUUUGUCACAGUGACUACUUCUAAAGACAACACAGUCCAAGAAGACAUCAAAACAAUCAAAUCAGUGCCACCAAGCUCACCCACCAAGACUACCAGGAAAGAGUUUGUCACAGUGACUACUUCUAAGGAUAAAGUUGUGCAAGAAGACAUUAAAACAAUCAAAUCAGUGCCACCAAGCUCACCCACCAAGACUACCAGGAAAGAGUUUGUCACAGUGACUACUUCUAAGGAUAACAUCGUGCAAGAAGACGUUAAAACAGUCAAAUCUGUGAUCACACCAACCUCCCCCAGUAAGACUUCCAAGACUGUCACUGUGACUACUUUUCAGGACACCAUAAUUAAAGAAGACAGCAAAUCAGUCAAAUCCACACCACCACCCACACCGACAAAGAUCAUUUCAGACAAAACCUAUACAAUUACUACUCCAACUUCUAAGACAUCAUCCUAUUCCUUCAGCUCCAAAUCCAGCACUGAGGACCAGUUGUUUGAUACCCUCAUACCCUCAUCCGUCAAGGAAACCUAUGCUUCUGACAACAGGAACGAUAAAAGCAGUGAAACCAGUUCUACGGCAUAUACCAGGACGUCUUACAAAGAAAGCAGGCCUGAGGAGCACAUUACUGAAAAUGUGUACACAGAAUACGUUAAAACUUCGUCUGCAAUGUCUGACAGUUAUGUAUUCGACAGUCGUCGGGGCUCCACAAAGACCUACACUGCAACUUACUCAGACAGCAGACCUGAAAUUCUCUUGGACACCUACAAAUCAAGUAGAUCAACUAUGGAAACGCUUUACACAACACCUGAAAGGAAAAUUUAUAUUGAGAAGGAUAUUUGCACAUACUGCCAGAAACCAAUUCUUUAUGAUACAAAGAUGAUACUAGAGGAUGUGGAUAUAAAGUGUCAUGCCAAUUGUUUCAAGUGUGGUGUGUGUAACAGUAAUCUUGGACACCUGAAGGCAGGGGACAGCAUGUGGGUGUACCGCCGCAAUGUGCACUGUGAGGCCUGCUUUGGUGUCAUUAAAGGUAAAUGGCAUCGCUGAGGACAAAACUACUGCAAAUCCAUUAAGUACAUGGACAUGAAGGAUCAUCAGAUAAUGUUAAAAUAGUUUGAUAUGGUGAAGGAAAGGAAAACAGUUGUGUAUGCAUAUCAAAAAUAUUCAAGCAUGGAUUUUUUUUUAUUAAAAAUAAUGAGUCAUUUAAGUUACAAAAAAGAAGAAGACAGUUUGGGUGGCGGAUCUGUUGAAAAUACAUAUGGGAGGAGACUUGUUUAUUCCUUUAAUUUUCUUCAUUAUAAAGCAUAUACAUAUUGUUCUUUCAGUAUCUCAUUUGCUAAAUGAAAUGAACUACUGACAUACUAAAUAAUGAGUGAAGUAAUCUGUUUUGAGUCACUAUAUUUUGAUAAAUUAUAUCAGUAAAGUGUUGGGUCCAUUUAUUUCGGGACUUCUUUUUAACGUUUAUUUAAAAAUCAAAUAUUAUCCCAUGUUGGUUUGACCCCCAAUAAAAUAUAUUUUUGGUUGGUGUA